AUGACAGCAAUUAAAAGAACAGCAAUGUCCGCACUCAGAAUUGGUUAUGUCCCUGAACACUUCUCCACUCCUUUGUUUUUUGCUCAACAACAAGGUUUUUACGAAAAAAAUGGGGUUAAAGUUGAGUUUUUGCCUUAUCCUUCGGGAUCUGGUCACUUGAUUCAGUCUCUCCAAGACAACACAAUUGAUGUUGCUGUCGGAUUGACUGAAGCCUUUAUUGCUGGUAUUGGCAAGGGGGCCGACUGGUACAAACUUAUUGGCACUUAUGUUGAGUCUCCGCUAUGCUGGGCUAUUAGCACUGGUAAGAAUCGUGCUGAGCUUACCAAUGAAGACGACAUUAGAGGCAAGAGAAUUGGUGUUAGCAGAAUUGGAAGCGGUUCCUAUGUCAUGCCCUUUGUCUUAGCCUAUCAAAAGGGCUGGACUGAUGAGUACAAAUUCAAUAUUCUUCAAAACUUUAAGAAUUUAAGAGAUGCGGUUAAUCUCAAGGAAGGGUUGGAGCCUACUGAUGCCUUCAUGUGGGAGAUUUUCACCACCAAAAAGUACUAUACGUCUGGCGAGAUCAAGAACAUUGGUCGCAUUUACACUCCCUGGCCUUCCUGGGUUAUUUCUGCAUCCACAAAUGCUAUUUCUUCAAACGCCAAAGACCUUGCAGCCUUCACCAAAAGUGUUGAAGAAGGUAUUGAAUACUUUAAGAAUCAUCAGGAUGAAGCCGUUGAAUGGAUUUCCACCAAUCUUGACUAUUCUGCAGAAGAUGCUAGAGCUUGGCUUGAAACUGUCACCUUCCGAAAGGACACGUCCUCGGUUGACCCUGAGGUAGUCGAGAAAACCAUCACUAUUUUAAAAUCCGCCAAGGUUUUGGACAAUUCCGCUGAUCAGGCUGAGUAUGUGGUCAAGGUUUAA